UGGUGCAUUACCGUAUGCUUCUUCGAGCCGUUGUGUCACGUGAUAUCAAGCGUCUGGGUUUUAUUUUUAAACCUUUUCAAUGCGAUACUGUGUUGAGUCUGUAUUUAAUGGGUUGUUCAGAGUAAGAUGGUAAUAGUUAGCUUGUUAGUUCGUUAAACACGUAUAAAAGACUUGCGGACGUGAGCCAAAGCUGACUCUAAUUAUUAUUAAAUAUAGAGCAUCCAGACUUUGUUGACCGCCUGCAGCCUGAGAGAGAUGGCGGGACCUCUGCUACAGUAUGAAACCGAAAUGUUUCUGAGCCUCUUCAGCACUGAUGGUUUACUCGUGUCUGCUGAAGGACUCGGUAUUGACCGUGUUUUACUGCAGUUUAUGAAGGUUUACUCCGAGGAAGGAAGUCUAGUGCUGUUGCUGAACACAACCACCCCUGAGCAGGAAUACUUCACAGAGCAGUUGAGAGCUGAGGGGGUGAGUCAUCUUCCCCAGACUGUGAACAGUGAUGUACAGAGUAGUGAGCGCUACCAUGUUUACACACAAGGAGGAGUGCUGUAUGUGACCAGCCGCAUCCUGGUGGUCGACUUCCUCACCGACAAGAUUCCUGCUCACCUCAUUUCAGGGAUCCUGGUCUACCGUGCCCAUAAGAUCAUUGACUCCUGUCAAGAAGCCUUUAUUCUGAGACUGUACCGACAAAAGAACAAGACUGGGUUCAUCAAAGCCUUCACAGAUAAAGUGACAGCUUUCUCCACUGGCUUCUGCCAAGUUGAGCGAGUUAUGAGAAACCUUUUUGUGAAGAAGCUCUUUCUCUGGCCUAGGUUUCAAGCAUCUGUGAGCACUGUUCUGGAUCGACACAAGCCUGAUGUGGUGGAGCUGCACGUGCCUUUGACUUCUGCCAUGAGGGCCAUCCAGAGCUCCAUUCUAGACAUCAUGAACGCCUGCCUGAAGGAGCUCAAGCGAUACAAUCCAACUCUCGAGGCUGAGGACCUGUCUCUGGAGAAUACACUUGGCAAUGCCUUUGAGAAAACCAUUCGACAUUACCUAGAUCCCUUUUGGCAUCAGCUGGGGACCAAGACCAAAUCUCUGGUGCAGGAUCUGAAGAUUUUACGCAGUCUGCUCCUCUACCUCACCCAGUAUGACUGUGUCACUUUCCUCAACCUGCUGGAGUCUCUGCGCUCCAGCCAGAAAAACUUUGGCAGUAACUCGGGAUGGCUGUUUCUGGACUCAAGUACAUCUAUGUUUGUGAAUGCCCGUAGCCGUGUUUAUCGAAUGUAUGAAGGAAAAAAGAAGCUUAAAGUUGGAGAAGUGGACCAAAACCCGUGUGCCUCUGCGCCUUUGAAAAGAGAGUGUGUGCUGGAGAAGAAUCCAAAAUGGGAGGCUUUGACCGAGGUUCUACAAGAAAUUGAGCAGGAAAAUAGUAGGUCUGAGCAUGAACCAGGACAUGUCCUGAUAUGUGCUAGUGAUGACAGGACAUGCGCUCAGCUGAAGGAGUAUAUCCAGAGAGGAGCAGACUCUUUACUUAACCGCCUUUAUUCACGCACUUUUGGAAAAGAUGAGCCAGCAGCAGCGCAUGAUAAAUCUAAGCAAGGUAACAGCUGGCCCAAAAAAGGCAUAGGAAAAUCCUUAAAUGGCAAGAAAUCUAAAGCCAAAAACACUAAAUCCAGCACAAAGAAACAGAAACUUUCACUGACCCUCACACAAAUGGCAGGGCAGGAGAAAGAAGUUGAAACAGCACAGAUGGGAAGCAGUGGAGAUGAGGAAGAACAUGAAGUGGAGGAAGAAGAAAAAGGGCGGGAGGAAGAAAUUCUUUCUUCAGAUUCCUACUAUAGUAUUGUCAAAGAACCGUUGACUGUCAUUCAUCCACUGAAAGGAUGCUCUGAUCCUUACAGUCUAACGAGAGUAUUACAGGAAGUGGAGCCCAUGUUUGUUGUGCUGUAUGAUGCUGAGCUCAGCUUUGUGCGCCAGCUGGAGGUUUACAAAGGUAGCAGGCCAGGAAAACCAUUAAGGGUGUAUUUUCUCAUUUAUGGUGGCUCAACAGAGGAGCAGAGAUAUCUCACAGCUCUGUGUAAAGAAAAACAAGCAUUUGAACAUCUGAUAAGAGAAAAAGCCAGCAUGGUAGUUCCAGAGGAGAGAGAAGGCCGAGAGGACACAAACUUGGACCUGGUCCGCAACUCAGAUCCUGCUUAUGCUGCUACCAACACCCGGAAAGCAGGUGGACAAGAGGUGGUUGAGGAGCCGUCUCGGGUUAUCGUGGACAUGAGGGAGUUCCGAAGCGAGCUCCCUUCUCUUUUGCAUCGGCGUGGGCUUGACAUUGAACCGGUCACGCUUGAGGUGGGCGAUUAUAUAUUGACCUCCAAUAUCUGUGUGGAACGAAAGAGUGUGAGCGAUCUCAUUGGGUCACUGCAGAGUGGCCGAUUGUACACGCAGUGCCUCUCCAUGAGCCGCUUCUACCGCCAACCUGUGCUGCUUAUUGAGUUUGACCCAGCCAAGCCUUUCUCUCUGGUGGCUCGCAGUGACAUGCGCCAGGAAAUGUCUGCCAAUGACAUCACCUCUAAACUGACCCUCCUCACCCUGCAUUUCCCCCGCCUCAGACUGCUAUGGUGCCCCUCCCCGCAUGCCACUGCUGAACUCUUCCAAGAGCUGAAGCACGGCCGGCCAGAGCCAGAGGCUGCUGCUGCCCAGGCUGUCACAGCAGAGUCAGACAUGGUGGAGGAAUCAGCUGACCUUUACAAUGCUGGACCCUAUGAUUUCCUCAUCCGCAUGCCCGGAGUGAACGUCAAGAACUUCCGGGGGCUUGUAAAACAUGCAGCCAACCUGGCUGAGCUGCUCACUCUAAGCCAGGAGAAACUAAGUGAAAUACUGGGCAGCACCAGUAAUGCCAAGAAGCUCUAUGAAUUCUUACACAGCACCAUGAAUGGAGCUUCUGUUCAGAAGAGCAAACAUACUUCAAAGUGAUAGACAAGUAUAGUGAUCUAAUCUGAAAUUUGAGUAAUGUUAAAAUUUUAACUGUGCCUUCAGCUACACUUGAGUGGCAGGUGUUUUUGUAUAAAUGUGUCAUGUAUUAGUGUACUGUCCAUGAAUUUUGUCUUUGAACAUCUUUGUAUUUAAGGAUUUUGUUACAAAAAUAUAUGAGGGAAAAUAAAAUAAUUUUGAAUUGCA